UUAAAGUGGUCUCAAACUAGAUUAUUCCUGCAGUGUUUUUUGGACCGGUGCUUUUUAAAGGUUCAUCAUGUGUUUGUGAGGGGGCUGCAGUUCCCCAAAAAAGGCGCCGGAGGGCGAUGUUCCCUCAGGAAAAGCUUCUCAAAGGAGCCACAGAAGGCCUUGGUUUGUAGGAGGCCAUCUUGACUCUGUUGCCAUAGCAACUGAGCAAACGUUGACUUCAAGCAAGGGAAAGGUCUGGUAAGGGAAGGAAGGGAGAUAGACUUAUAAGGUCUGUUUCACCCUACAAAGACAUAAGCCAUGGCAAAGGACAAAAAGAAGGACAAAAAAAAGAAGGGCAAGAAAAAAGGCUCCACUCAACAAUCCAAGGAACCUCGAACCUAUUUUCCAGAAGCUCUGUUAGCUUAUCAAAUUCAGAUAAAGGAAGAGAUAAUUGAUCAGCUUCUGCGUGACAUAAAGAGUCUGGAAGCUACAAAUGACAGAAACAAAGAAAGGAAUCAGCACUUAAAGGAUGAACAGAUCGGCCACAUCCGGGCACUCUUUCUCAGCCUAAAAGAACAGGAGAAGGAACUAGAGAAAAUUGAAAUAGUUACUAGGGAUGAUGUAGAGAAAGCAAUGAAGGACAAAUGGCAGUAUGUUAAAGACCAAGAGAAGCUUAUUAAAGACCUGCGCAGCCAGAUAAAUUAUGCUGAACAAAAGAUUCUGCAGAAGCAGGCUGAAGUGGAUUACUGGCAGGCAUACAAAAAUGUCGGGAGUACUGAACAUGCCAAUCAGAUCAAGUGCCUGGAAGAAGACAUCAAGAAACUGAAAGAAGAUCUUGAAGAAAUGAUAGGUGAGUUGCUGUUAUGUCUGUGCUUCAGCCAGGGAUUAAGUCAGAAGUCCAGAAAGUUAUUUCUUACCCAAGGUGCUGGCCUACAGAUUCCUGGAAAUGAGUUGGAACACAGUAACUCCACAGAGGCAGAAUGUAUCAGCUUGGAAUCAAUAUCUGAACUUGUGCUUGCUGUGGAGAACAAACCAAGUGAGGAAAAAACUGUUUUGGAGGGAGAGAAAGAUACACAUGAUGAUGGUGAUAAUGUGCAAGAGGAUGAGGUGUAUAUGCGAGGAGUUCCAUGCAGAAAGUUUCUUCCCCCCAUCCUGUAUGAAGAUAGCAAAGAUUUCAAGAAAUACAAGGAUCUGGGGUCUUUGGAAGUGAAGUUAAUGAGUAUAGUUGGCCAAGCCAUGCCAAUUCAUGAAGAUAUCAAGGAAAUGCCAAGCAAAGCUCAGAUUGAACAAAAAUAUGACAGUGGUAGGUCAACCCGCCGCAUCACCUACCAGAUGAUCAAAUCCGUAUUUCCUUAAAAAGAAAGAAAAGAUGGGGAAGCCCUCUAUCUAAAGACAUCAGGGCACAUGGCUCUAGUCCUACUCUUCUCCCUGAUGUGCAGCUGGACAUAGAACAGCCCAGGACAUUUACUAGUACUGGGAUGGCUCCCUUCAUCAUGCAUAGUUGAAUCAAUGGAAGGUUGGCACAAGACCAGUGGAAUGAAAUUGAUAUAAUUUUGCCAUUACUCACUUAGAAAUAAAUUCACUUAAUCUUACAUGAUUUUGACUAGAGGAUUUUGAGGGGUGUUGAUUUUAAAAGAUUAGUUGACUGUGAGGAUGUACAAGCAGUUUCAGCUAUGAUGGCAGUUUAAGUGCGCAUUAUCACUUACCUUGAUGGGACACGUGGAAAAGCAGCUAGAAUGUCAAUCUGCACUUGAUACACACCAGCCUUCCAGUAUAUGGCACUUUUAGUAA